ACAAACAGAUCAAUAAGCUCUAUUUGCACCAUUUCAAUGGAGAACUCGCAGCCACAGUCAGAGUCUGAGGAGGAGAUGUCAUUCGAACAUAAAAUUUUUCAAGAUUUCAGCAGAGAUGGGCCUUCAUUCUUCCACCGUCAAACAUUUGGACAAGGGAGAUUUGGAUUUGUGUUUCCACACUACCGCCUGGUUAUACUGAGUCUGAGCCUGCUGAACGCAGUUCUGCUGAUAACCGCUGUUCUCAUUGGGAUUUACUGUGCCAAAGCCAAAGACUUUGAGAUUCCUCAUACCGAUGCUAUACCCCUCAUCAUAGAGUGGAACUUUCUCCGCAACCACAGCGGGAUCAUCAAAGCUAAAGUGGAGGCCCAGAUGGCAUUAGCCAGAGAGAGCACCAGCCAUCUGCAACUGAAACUGGAAGUGAAGCAGAAGAAGACAAUCACUGACGGUCUUCAGAGAGAAAUUGAGUUAUUACAUAGAGAAAAGACAAAUCUCCAGACUAACAGAACAUCUUUAGAGGUUAGCUGUGACAGAUGCCCACCAGGAUGGAGUUUUCUAAAAUCAUCCUGUUAUCGUUUUGCUCACCAUGAAGUGGUUGAACAAAAGAACUGGCAAGAUAGCAGAGCAGACUGUGUCCGUCAAGGGGGUGACCUGCUUGUGAUCAAUAAUUUGGAGGAGCAGCAACUCAUCAGUGAGAACGUUCCGAGGCAGAGCAGCAGCAAUAUAUGGUGGGAGAAAGGAUACUGGAUCGGCCUCACUGACGUGGUGUCAGAGGGAACCUGGGUUUGGAUUAACAAUGUGACUGAGGUGGAGACAAUGUACUGGAGAAGCGGACAGCCAAGCCACGGUGAAGCUCAGAGCGGGAACUGUGCUGCUUUUUAUUACUACCAUGAUACUAUGAAGACGUGGUAUAAUGUGAACUGCCGACAUCUGUUGAGCUCCAUCUGUGAGAUGGAGCCACAUGCGACAUGAGACCUCAUCAGUAGAAAUCAAAACAACAAUGAUGAUGAUAACGAAAAAUAAUUUCACAAAAAUUUUAACAUUUAUAUUAUGUGUUAUGUGAUAUAUUUUUAAAGAUAUAUGUGAAAUGACAAUAGAUUUGUGCACACUGCUUUUUUUUUUUUUUUUUUUUUUUAGAAGAAAACAACUAUAUUAGGUGCAACAAUGAAUUUAAAAACUACAAAACAACUCUCCAGAUCUGUAGCAGAACAAGAAACAGUAGAGACUGGUUGCACAUUGGCAAAAUCUCAAUAACUUUUUUUAAUAUCCAGAUGUGUAUGGGACAAGAAAUGUAAUGAUUUCAAGCUACAUAAUACUUGAUUACAUGAUAUAAAAAGUUUCCACUAACAGAAUGACUGCUUGAUUGUUGAAUAAACUAGAAAUCAUCUUGUUUAGCUGAUCACAAAAUGAUUCCGCUCUGCAAUUGACCAGCACCUAGUAAAUAUUUAACAAAUGGACUUGAUCUUCUGUUUGUGAUGUUAUACCUCCACACACACAAGCAAACACACACAGGGCAAUGUCCUAACAAACAGUCUCUGCUCGAUAAUCGCAUCAGACGGUUCUCAGUUUGACUCUCAAAAUGGAGGCGAGAGAAAAUUCAGGUGGCACUUUUGAGCCCAGAUAUAACACACUGGUUUCUCCAGAGGAACUGAAUGCAGAUGAAAACCCUCUCUACACAAACCGAGGGAAGCAACAAGUAUCCAUGUCCACAGUGAGACCUGGAUCCAGCCUGAAUUACUACAAAGUGCUUGCAGUGAGCCUGGCAGUGCUCGCUGUCAUCCUGCUAGCAGUCGAUAUUGGCCUGGGAGUCUAUUAUCACAAACUUAAUGAUGGGAACCAGAUAGUCACAGACAUCAGCGGUGAGAUGGCCAAACUACAGGCUACUUACAACGCUGCCAUUCAAAGACGAGAUGAAGUCAAGAAACAACUUGCAAAAGAGGUCAGUGAGCACCAAGUUACCAAGUGGGAGCUCGAACACCAGAGCCGAAGAAGCAAAGACUACGAAAAGCAGGCUGCCAAAAUUCAAAUGGAGAUUGCAGUGUUGAAAUCCCACAUGCCGAUGCUUAAAGAGGGCUGCAGACACUGUUUACCAGGAUGGACGUUCAUGAACUCACUGUGUUACUACUUGACUUUCUCUGAUACUACUUUGCGCAAAACUUGGACGGAUGCCAGAGAGUUCUGCAAAAAGCGAGGCGGUGACUUGGCAGUGAUAGACAGCAGAGAGAAGCACCUGGCAAUAGCGGAAUUGAUAAAUAAUUACCAUGACCCUUCGAGACCCAUUUCCCAGAGUGGCUACUGGAUCGGACUGAGAGAUGUAGAGGAAGAAGGGAUUUGGAAAUGGCUGGAUGGGAAAAGGCUGAUUGAUGGGUACUGGAAUGAAGGAGAACCCAACAACCAGAACAAUGAAGACUGUGCAGCUAUGUAUCCCAGAAGCAACCCCUUCAGAGCAUGGAAUGAUGCUCCAUGCAGUUACAGCCUAAAAUGGAUUUGUGAAAUGCAACCAAGGACUGUGCUUUAAUGUAAUUAGAAAAAAAAAACAGUCUUUCAGUCUCUAACACAUCUUCUGAAUAUUUUUUUAUUUUACUGUUGAGACUACAAAAUAGCAAGAAAAUUUAAAAUACGAAAAAUACAUCUGAUUCAUGAAAUUAACUCGAAAAUGUAUAUGAAUUAUUUUACUAUAUCUUUACUAUGUACAUAUGCAUUUCUGUACAAAUCUGUACAGUAGAUUGCCAGUUUAUCAGGAAAACCUCUACCUUCCUAUACAUUUUUUAUGUCACCAUGACAUGGACUGUAAAAACUACUUAGUAUUAACUUAAAUUCGGUAUUCAGGCGCUUUGGUUCUAGUAAUUCCCAAACUGCAGUCAUCUUUUCACACCCUGCUGUUUCAGAAAUUUACAGAGAGGCGUGAAAAGCAAAGAAUGACCAGUGAGCAGUGAUUCUGUGCGCAGCAUGUCUACAACAGCUUGUGGAUUAGAGGGGUCAAAGGAGAAUGACCAGUCACAUCCAGACUCAAUGUUGGAAUGCAAAAUUUAAUUUGGACGUUCACUACACUUGACUGUGUCCAAUGGAAUAUAACACAACUACCUCAUAAGCUGGCAGUUCAGUGUAAUUGUACCAUUCAAUAAAUAAACCUAACCCCC